UUCCUGGAGACUGCCUCGUCCCCCUGGCCAUGCGAGAGAGCAGCGCGAGAAACCGCGAGCGAGCGGGGCGAGAGGUUGAUGGGAGAGCAGCUUGUGCCUGCAUUUCCUUCCGUUCGGCUCGAGAAAUUGUUCCAGGAACGCAGGAACAAGUAUGCCGAACGCAGCUGUGUGCUGGCGUCCCCUAUGCCGUCUCGAGGUCGGUUCGUACCUCAAAUUUAGACAUCAGCUUGAGAAUACCAGCAUGGAAGAAUCCCCUCUGGUUUCUAUUCGGAGUCUUCUCAUCCCUUUUCAGGCGUCGUUGAUUGGCCCUAAUGCUUGAUCUUAGAUAAUUUCCCUAUGGGGCUCAAGGUUCUUGUGGUGGAUGAUGACAACGCCUCCUUGUCACUAGCAAAGAACUUGCUUCUUUGUUGUGGAUAUGAUGUUACAACUUGCUCUCAAGCUGCAGAAGCAAUAUUUCUUCUGCAGGAAAACCAUGGAUUUGAUCUGAUAAUGACUGAUUUCUGUAUGACUGACAUGGAUGGAUUCAAGUUGUUUGAAUUAGCUGGUUUUAAUAUGCAUCUACCCAUUAUCAUGCUGUCUGCUGAUUCAAGAUUUGAGUAUGUGAUCAAAGGAUUAAACCAUGGAGCCUGUGGAUUUUUAUGUAAACCUUUACGCUUGGAAGAGAUGCAAACCAUUUGGCAGUUUGUUAUCAAAAGAAAGUGGCCCAGAAACGAAGUAUCAGAGUGUUAUGGUUUUCUAAAGGUUCAUAAUUAUGAGGGCAAUAGGUGCUCCACUGGUGGUACUGGAAAUGCUUCUACAAUGAACACUUUGACCAAUACGUUCAUGAGAAGCAAAGAAAAGAAAAAUCAAGAUAAAGAAGAUAGUGAACCUGAUAAUAUGGAGCCUCCAUCAAAGAAACAACGAUUAGCUUGGUCAUUGGAACUUCAUAAGAAGUUUGUAAAUGCUGUUAAUCUGAUUGGCAUAGACAGGGCUGUGCCCAAGAGAAUCCUAGAUGUGAUUAAUGUUCCUGGUCUAACUAGAGCAAUGGUUGCAAGUCACUUGCAGAAAUUCAGGUUACAGCUGAAGAAAUUGAAUGGAAUAGCUGAAUACAACGCUGAACUUGGAAAGUUUCUACUAUGUGCUUCCAUGAAUGCAGAUUUCUCACAACUCAGAACACUUGAUAACCAAACUCUAUCAAUCUUAAGGAAAAUUACUCCAGAAGCCCUGACUGCCUUGCAAGACAUGUCUGCAAUUAGCCAAAAUAUCCAGCGGCAAGAUGCACAAGGGUCUAAUCCUGUUUUCCCCAUUCAUGGAACAUUAGAGAAAUCCACAGGAGAAUCUCCACUUAUUCCCUCCCUUCCCACUUGCAAUCUUGAAGUCGCAGGCUCUUCCAAUGCAAACAAUUUCCAAUGUUUGAAUGCUCAGUAUGAAAACAAUUUGACAGAAAUGGCACAACAGGAGCUAAAUGCUGUGGUGUCAGAAUCCUGUGAAACACUUAACCUUCAAAGUUCAGUAGCACCAAUUCAGUCAUCAAGUGUCCUUCAGGUUCAGCAGGUUAUUGAUAUGUUGGAUGAGAACUGUAUGGCUGCAUCUCUUCCAUCACCUACCACUCUACAACACAGCAUUACUCCUGUGAUUCCAAAUUCCUUUGCAACAUCAUCUGCUAACUUGCACACAGUGAACUGUCCUGCUAUGAUGAACCACUCCUCUAUGAUAGGCCACACUCAACCAAUUACAAGAAUGCUAGCUGGUGACAAUCUUGAUGAGAGUUUCAGUGCAUUUCAAUCCAAACAAUUCACCCAUUUCCAGCCAUCAACUAAUAUUGUAGCAGAAAACAUUCUUGAUACUGUGAACCAUAACAACCAUGCCUCGGGUGAAUGCAGUUCGAUCAGAGAUUAUAGCCAACUUUCAUUUCAACAAGAUAAUGCACCUAGAGUCACACCAAUAAUAACAGAUGUCCUGAAUGGCCCUUUGGACAAAAGCUUAUCCAUUCCUGGUUCAAGUUUCUCCUCUGAGCAAGUGCCAUUUCAUACUUAUGUCAGCAGUCGGUGGAGUAUUCCUGAAUAUGUAGGAUAUCCAUCAGGAUCAUUUUAUAUUGUUCCCAACUCCUGCAGCAAUGAAACAGAUAGGGUAGAUAUGAGGGAGUUGUUUGAUCAAAGGCAAUCAAGAAGUUCUGUUUCUAGUGGCGGAACCUGUUUUCUGAACCAGUUUCCAGUGGUGGAAACUGGAACACUGAGUGAUUGCUUAACCAAUGGUGACAGAUGCACUAGUCCAAAUGAAGAUGUGGAUCCACAUGAUCUUUCUGGAUAUGACAAAAUGACUUAAAUUCGACUUAUGCACCAGAAACUUUGAUUGAUUCUGUAAUUCUCCCCUUAUCUUCCAUGGAGUUGUUGAAUUAGAAGGUCAAUAAGGUCGACAGAUCGAAGUAGCUUUAUUUAGAUCCUUAUUGUUGCUCUACUACAAACUGGAUCAAGGGAUUUUAUUGUUGGCUAUGUUUCUUUCAAGGUGUUAAUUUGGAACUCUUUGAUAGCUUCAAGAACUUGUUGGCAAACUAUUCUGACUGUUUUCAGCUUGUUUGUUAAGGAAUUUGCUAUGGUUUUACUUAAGAAAUUUUCAUGCAAGUGGUUAUGAUGAUUUAAUGUGAC